GAAACGUGUCUUCUGUCUCUCCGCGGCUUCCGUAGAUGUGCUGGUAUUAAAAUGGCUGCUUUGGUUGACAACGAUUUAAUCCAGAGGGAUUUGCCCAAAGCUGUCGAGUUGCUGAAUAAUCUCACAGAGCAGGUCGUCUCAGUCACCAGCCACGUCCGUGAUCUGCUCACCAAAGUUAAAGAUGGCGCGUUUAAGACCUCCAAGGGUUUGUCCUUCUUGGAUCUUCGCUACCAUCUGCUGCUCUUCUAUCUUCAGGACCUCACUCACCUGAUGUACAUCAAGAUGCAGGGAGGCAAAAUCAAAGACAGCGAUGCUUUGAGCCGGGUGGUCACAAUCAGAACUGUUUUGGAGAAAAUGCGACCCUUGGAUCACAAACUGAAGUACCUGAUUGACAAACUGCUGCGUACAGCUGUCACUGGUAGCUUAGCUGAAAAUGACCCGCUGCAGCUGCGUCCAAAUCCUGAGAACCUCGUCAACAAACUGGGUGAAUCAGAGUCUGAAGACGAAGCAGGAAACGAAUCAACCAGUGAUAUGAAAGCAGCCCACCCAAGUAGCAAGAAGUAUAUACCACCAAAGAUCGCUCCAGUGCAUUACGACGGCGAUGUGACAGAAGCAGACAGGAAGAAGGCGCACAUGGAGCGGCUGCGUCGGGCUGCUCUCAGGAGUUCUGUGAUCCAGGAGCUGAGGCAGCAGUACAGCGACGCUCCCGAGGAGAUCCGAGACAGGAGAGACUUCCAAAGUGAGAGGCAGAGCCGUGAUGAACUCCAGAGGAAACAUUAUGAGGAGUCGAUGAUGGUACGUCUGAAUGUGCCAAAGCACCAAAAGAAUGCCAGGAAGAGGAGCACGAUGGCCAUGUCUGGUCAGCUGAGCGGCAUCACACACUUCAGUGACAUCACAGCUCUGACUGGCGGCGAAGGACCGGAUGGGGACAGCUCCCGACCCAAGAAAAAGAAGAAACUCAUGAAGAAGAAAACAAAAAGAAGAGCCUUUAAGAAGCAUCGAUAGGAUCUAAAUGUGGAGUUUGACCGUGUCGGAGCACCAGGUGGCCUGGAGAUUCAACUUUUCUUCCCAUAUCUAAGCUGGAGCAUUUUUCUGCUGUGAUUAAUAAAUUCUUGUCAGAUGUUUCUUUGAA